AUGGGAAGAUAUCCUUCACCUUUGCUGAACACUUCAACAAAUUUUGCGACGCUCCUGUCAGGAUGCGCUUUCCUUUCACUGGUCAUCUCAAUGCCUGUCCUGUUCACAAUAAUGAACAAUAUCGAAGAGGAAUUGAUGGAAUCGCGGGAACUCUUCAGUGAGAUGACGAACGUUAUGUGGAAAGACCUGAUGAGCGAGGGUGAAAUGCUCCGCAGAACGUCCCGUCAAACAUAUAGACAAGACGCUGGUACCGGAAAUGGAGCCGGAGGAGGAUCCUCGAAUAACGGUGCACAUACGGGUGCUGAAGGAGUAGGAGCGUCUGCAUCUGCAGGAUCUGUAUCUGCACAAGGCGCUGCACAUGGUCCUGUAGGAGCAGGAGCAGCCGCUAACAAUGGUGCUGGAGCUGGAAGAGGUUCUGGGGGCAACAGUGUAGCUACUGGAGCUGGUGCCGCCAACAGCUGUCCAGCUGGACCUAAGGGUUCCAAAGGAGCUCCCGGAGAGAAGAUGUUCUCAGGAAACGACGGCGUCCCUGGAGUUCCUGGACUCGCUGGAAGGUCUGGAGGGGGCAAUGGUGUCCUGUCCGAUGCUGAAUGUCUACCAUGCCCUAGAGGCCCACCUGGUCAACCAGGAUACAAAGGAAAACAUGGACCUCGUGGGCCAAAGGGCGAAAAAGGUCCACAGGGAAAGCCUGGAGACAAUGGAGCUCCCGGUGAUGAAGGCGUCGAUGGCGCACCUGGUCUUCCUGGGCCAGUCGGUGCAACCGGAGAAAGAGGUGCUCCUGGAAACGACGCUCGUGGUACCGCUAAAGGUGCACCAGGACCACAAGGAGAAUUGGGUCCAGCAGGAAUGCCUGGAGACGAAGGGCUUCCAGGGGAGCGUGGAGAUGACGCUCUGCCAGGCCCUCAGGGACCACCUGGAGCUAUUGGAGCACCUGGAGAACCUGGCCCAGUCGGUUUCCCUGGUCUACCUGGUCAGAUUGGUCGCAACGGUCACGAUGCUGAAUACUGCCCUUGCCCAGAUCGUUCGAAAAAACGUAAUCUUAUACUUUCAGUAUUUGCAGCACCAGAAGGAGCAGCAGCUAUAAUAAUAGUGCCAGCCGUGGCAAGUGACAGCAAGGAAUUCAGAGGAGGAGCCGUCGGUCCUGACGGUGGACCACCUGUGUCCGACGGAGGCGUCAGUGUUGCUGCUAGCCCCGCGGCACUCGAGCAGCAGCCAGUAGGAGCCGGUGGAAAUCGCGCCGACUAUGCUACACAGAAGAACCGUGCGGUUGACAAAGCAGCACUCGCUCGUGCUCUUCGCAGAAAGCUCGUCCUCAAAGCCUAA